AUGUCUGCCGCGCGGCGCUGUGGUCUUUCGUAUAAGCACGUCCAAGACGAUGCGAACAUCGCACAAGGCGAUGAUCAAGAGGAUCCGCAAAGGACAGUCGAUCUCGAGGCUGACAAUCGGAGAUUGAGAGCAGAGGUUGAGAAGUACAGAAUGGCCACGGAGACCAAAGCCGCCAAGAAUUUGAGGGGCGCAGAGAUAUUUGCCAAAGGGUAUGCCGAGUCCAAGAUCGAAGCUGCCAAGGAUUUGAGGGCCGCAAAGGCGCUUGCUGAAAAGUAUGCUGCCUCUGCGAUCGAGGUAGCCAAAUACAAGAUGGCUAUGGAGGUAACCGCUAAGAAGUGCGCUGCCUCUAUGACUGAACUCGCAAGAGAGAGAAAGGAGUUUGAAAUGGCUCUUCAAGAAGUCCAGAAGCGUACGAGCCAAGGCACUGUCAUCAGCAUUCUGCUAACGAGAAGUAAGCAGGCUCAAGAGCAAGAAAUUGUCAGAGAGACAGGGGCAGGAGACGAAGAAGGAAGAGAAGAAGACGAAGAGAAAGAAGAAGAAGGAGAAGCAUCGGCCAAGGCCAGAUGUAAUCAGCCAAGGGCGGAUGUGCCUUGCGACGCGAGAGACGAGCGUUCGACAGAGCCUGAUGGCCAGGGCGACUCUAGUCGAGGAAGAGGCGGCUAUACGGGCCAUCUCCGUGGAUGCGGUCGCGGUCGAGGCCGUGAAAGUCAUGCCAAAGGCCGUGGAGGCUAUACUGGCCAUCUUCGUGCCAGAGGUCGCGGUCCUCGUCAGGGUCAAUCUGGCCGAGGCGGUCCGUAUGGCGGUACUGGUCGUCAGGAUGAUCCUGCCGACCACGCCACCCAAACAAACACCAGUACGCCAAACGGCGCUGGAGAAGCACAGACGCCCAAUGGCCGCCAGCAUAGCUCGACCUCGUACAACGAGGACGGGGACAUCAAGCAGGAGCCUCCAGAAGACGAGAAAUAG